CAGGUAGGAUCAGCAUCUGCUGAAACUCUCCUGCGUUGGUCUGCUCGCCCACCUGAGUGACUGCCACCAUGUUUGUUGCUCCUCCCGGCUACCAGCCCAUCUACGGCCCGAACAUACCCUACAUAGGGCCCAUUUAUGGAGGGCUGAGGGAAGGGAUGUCCAUCUAUGUCCAGGGGAGCGUUCACAGGGACAUCACCAGGUUCUUCAUCAACCUGAUUUGUGGAGAAUCCGAGUCCAGUGAUAUCGCCCUGCACGUCAACCCUCGAUUUGAUGGCAGGGACAAGGUGGUCUUCAACUCCUGUCAGAACGGAUCGUGGGGGUCAGAGGAGAAGAUCCACAGCAUGCCUUUUAGCAAGGGCGAGAAAUUUGAAAUGGUCAUCAUGGUUACAUCACAGGGCUAUCAGAUUAAAGUCAAUGGGGAUGAUUUCCAUACUUUUGGACACCGUCUCGCUGUGCAGCGAGUUUGUGGGAUGCACAUUGGUGGAGACGUUUCCAUCCAGACGAUCAACAUUAUUGGGGGUGGAGUGGGUGGAGGGAUGCCAGGAGGUUAUCCAGGUGGCAUGGGAGGAGGAAUUGGAGGAGGGUAUCCAGGAGGAGGCAUGGGAGGAUACCCAGGAGGAGGCAUGGGAGGAGGCAUGGGAGGAGGCAUGGGAGGAUACCCAGGAGGAGGCAUGGGAGGAGGCAUGGGAGGAGGCAUGGGAGGAUACCCAGGAGGAGGCAAGGGAGGAGGCAUGGGAGGAGGCAUGGGGGGAGGAUACCCAGGAGGAGGCAUGGGGGGCGCGUUUCCAGGAUCACAUCUGCCGGGCGUGGGGGGGCAGCCGGUCUACAACCCUCCUGUGCCCUACUCCACUAUGAUCCCAGGAGGGAUGUUCCCUAAGAGGACCGUCAUCGUCAGAGGGAUGGUUCCCGCCGGAGCAGACAGAUUAAGCAUCAACUUCAUGGUGAGCAGAUCUCGGGACAUUGCUUUCCACAUGAACCCCAGAGUGAGAGAGGGCCUGGUGGUGAGAAACAGCAUGAUUGGAGGAAAGUGGGGGCAGGAGGAGAGAGAGCUCAGCAUGAAUCCAUUCAUGGAGGGCCAGUACUUUGAUCUCUCCGUCCGUUGUGGGAAUCAGAGGUUUAAGGUGUUCGUGAACGGGCAGCACCUGUUUGACUUUUUCCACCGUAUGCAGUCCUUCAGUGAGGUCGACAUGCUGGACAUCGAGGGCGACGUGCAGAUCUCCUACAUCCACUUCUGAGGCCGCACACGUCUGCUCAACUGUACUCAACACGUCAUCCACAGAGCUGAGAGAUCAGAUAUUACAUCAUCACUCUGGACUGUUUAUG